AUAUUGAAAAUAUUUUUACACCUUUUUUUACUGAAAGUUUUGAAAUCUUUAAAGAUACUGAAGGUAUUAAAGGUACUGAAAGUAGUAGAAGCACUAAAACUAUUAGAAGCAUUAGGAACAAAUUAGAAGAAAUUAUAUUGCCUUUUAACACAAACUCUUUUGUUAAAUUAGAAGUAGAACUAGAAUUUUUUACUAAUAAUAUAAACAAUUCUAACUAUUCUUCUUAUCAAUAUAAUCUAUGUAUUAGAGACAAUUUUGAUGAUUAA